UCCGGAACCCGCGAGCUCACUGCCGGAGGUGGCGGAGAUUCGCCCGCUUCUGCGCACGUCCAUGGCCGCCGCGCUGCUCGCCCGGGCCUGCGGCCCCGUCCGCGGAGCUCUCCAUACUCGGGUGUGGCGGAGGUUGCACACUAUCUACCAGUCUGUGGAACUGCCUGAGACACACCAGAUGUUGCGGCAGACGUGCCGGGACUUUGCUGAGAAGGAGCUGUUUCCCAUUGCAGCCCAGGUGGACAAGGAACACCUUUUUCCGGCUGCUCAGGUGAAUAAGAUGGGUGAGCUGGGACUUCUGGCCAUGGACGUGCCCGAGGAGCUGGGUGGUGCCGGCCUCGACUACCUGGCCUAUUCCAUUGCCAUGGAGGAGAUCAGCCGCGGCUGUGCCUCCACCGGAGUCAUCAUGAGCGUCAACAAUUCUCUCUACUUGGGGCCCAUCAUGAAGUUUGGCUCUGCAGAGCAGAAGCGGCAGUGGGUCACACCUUUCACCAGUGGUGACAAAGUUGGCUGCUUUGCCCUCAGCGAACCAGGGAACGGCAGCGAUGCCGGAGCCGCCUCCACCACAGCCCGGGCCGAGGGCGACUCGUGGGUCCUGAAUGGCACCAAAGCCUGGAUCACCAAUUCCUGGGAGGCUGCAGCCACCGUGGUCUUUGCCAGCACAGACAGAUCACUGAAGAACAAGGGCAUCAGUGCCUUCCUGGUUCCCAUGCCAACUCCUGGACUCACGUUGGGGAAGAAGGAGGACAAGCUGGGCAUCCGGGCCUCAUCCACGGCCAACCUCAUCUUUGAGGACUGUCGCAUCCCCAAAGAGAACCUACUGGGGGAGCCAGGGAUGGGCUUCAAGAUAGCCAUGCAAACCCUGGACAUGGGCCGCAUUGGAAUUGCCUCCCAGGCCCUGGGCAUUGCCCAGGCCGCCCUCGACUGCGCUGUGAACUAUGCUGAGAACCGCCAGGCCUUCGGGGCGCCCCUCACCAAGCUCCAGGGCAUCCAGUUCAAGCUGGCAGACAUGGCCAUGGCCCUGGAGAGUGCCCGGCUGCUGACCUGGCGCGCUGCCAUGUUGAAAGAUAAUAAGAAGCCCUUCACCAAGGAGGCGGCCAUGGCCAAGCUGGCUGCAUCGGAGGCCGCUACAGCCAUCAGCCACCAGGCCAUCCAGAUCUUGGGCGGCAUGGGGUACGUGACAGAGAUGCCCGCUGAGCGCCACUACCGUGACGCCCGCAUCACUGAGAUCUAUGAAGGCACCAGUGAGAUCCAGAGGCUUGUGAUUGCUGGGCACCUGCUCCGCAGCUACCGGAGUUGAGCCUCUGAGGGACCAGUGCCCAGCUGGCAGCGCCACGUGCCUCACCUUGACUCCAGGCAGACCGUGGGCGGGCACCUGCCUCUGCAGGCUCCCCGGCUCCCUGCUCCACAGAUCAAAGUAAAUCUCAGGGAGAGGACAGGCCAGCUGCCGUGGCCUGUGUCUGAGGACACAUCCAUCAUCAGCGUGGAUCCUGGGUCCUGAUGCCCCUUCUGACCGACUGUGCCUCAUUUUCUAACCCUGAGUGGCCAUGGCCUCCUGCAGGCAGGACCUUGGGGAGGGCUAAAUGACACAGUGGCACCCCAGUGCCGUCCUGUGGACCCUGUACCUGGGCAUGGAGACUCAGGAGGGACAGGCUCUCCCCAGGGUCAGGGCCCAGGAGGAGCAGGUGGGUGCCUUAGCAGCUGUGGUCAGGCCCUGGGGUCCCUGGCUGGGAAGGACUGCAGGGCUGGGUUAUGGAGCCGCCUCAGGUCCGGGUGGGUACAGUGUGUGGCCUUCUGGUCGUGUGGGGACUGACUGCUAAUAAAGCCUACCUGUGCCCUCCCCGCC